UUACAUAAGUCCUUACGAAUUCCAUUUUGUCGAUCAUUGAUAAACUUAAACUACGUACAUAACAAUAAUUUUAAUAAUUAUAUUUACUACGUAUACGGUAUUUCUUAACCCUUAAUUUGGCAGUGUAACUUGCAAGAGAUUUCCCUGAUUUUUUGUUCAAAUUUAGCGCCUUUAUUUUAGUUCCAUUAUCUACCGCAUCGUCUCUUUAGAACUUGUAAAGUAACCUCCAUCAGUUUCCAACACACACUUGGAGUGAAAGUUUGUGUCGGAAAGUUGUAAAUUGGAACAGUGAAAUCAGCCUCAACCAAAGGAAUGGCAUCGACCUCUGAUUGGAGCAAAAAUUUUAAUUCAAGAGCUGGUUAUAUUCUUCCAUUACUUCCUAAACCAAAGGCGGACUCUGGAGUUGAGGAAGAAAAUGAAGAAAAUUUGGAGAAUGAAAAUGUAUUACUUCAGGCAGCGAGCAAAUUUUUAAAUGUAUACGUUGAAGAUGCAGAGGAUGCAUCACAAGCUCCAGAAGUGUCAAAGGACGAGACAAUGAUGGACUGGUCGAUUGCUGUUUUCAUUACUUCUACUGCCAACCUUAAACCAGCUUAUUUCGCAAAGUAUCCUACAGGAUACAUAUUGCAUAUCUCAUCCAAAAAUGAAUCCAAAUUUUUCAAACUUCAAAAUUAGCUUAUUUAGACCUUAAAGAACAAUUUCAAAAAAAAAUUUUUAUCAAUAAAUUAGAUCGUUGCCAAAUUAAGGGUUAAAAUAUUUGAUUUCGAUUAUUUAUUAACCGAAAUUGAAUAUUCAACAACAGUUCACAGUGAUUGUGAAGAAUUUUGAAUUGUUUUAGUAUAAACAUUCCAAAUGUCGUUGAAUAAAUAAUCGAACCGCAGGGUGUUAACAA